GGCACGCGGACAGAACCCCCAGGAAAGGCCAAGACAAUGCGCGGCGCGCUACCCCUCCUCCUCUACCGGAGAAGCCCCUCGCCAUUGUCUUCUGGCCCCACCCUCCAUUGGGCACGCCCUUCGUUCUCUCCUCCGCCGUUUAUUGGCUACAGGUCCCGGCCCCCCUCGAUCUUUCGGUCUUCAUUGGCUCUUCUGCCACGUUAUCUUCUCCCGGGAUUUCUUAUUGGCGCAGGCCACACCCUCUCUCUUGUCACCGGACCCCGCCUUCAGCAGUCGCGGGCUCCUCCCCUUCCAUCCAGCCUCCAUUCAUUCUGCAUCUCGUGCUGGCUGCUUGGAACUGGAGGUGAACCCGACGCGUCGCUGCCCUCGGGAAGUUCGGGGGACGGUGGGGGGCGCACAGACCUAGGCUCUGACAGUGACACCCUAGGGUGCUAAAGAAGCCGCCAAGGCACUAGGACCCUCUGGGCGCCGGGCAGCCUUCCCGGAGGAGGGGAGGCCUAAACCAAGCCCUGAAGAAUGGUUGAGUGUUGGCUUCAGGCAGACAUUGCGAGGGCAUUCUUGGCGGAAGCACCUGAGAUGUGAAAGAAACAGUCGCAUUCUGGCGAUCGCAAGGAGAGGCUGACACAGUGGGGAGCUGGAGCAGCCCGGCUGGAUGUGACCUCCAGGACAGAAUGGUGCUGGACUCAGGGGCUCAGGUGUAUGAGCAGGCACCCCCCAGCCCCCGAGCCAGUCCCUCGUCACUGCGGCCUAGGCUGAAGCCCUCAGACAGAGAUGGGCCGUCCCUGUACCCCUGGCCUCAGUCCCUGGCCUUGCCCCUGGCUCUGGCAGUCCCCUCAGCACUACAGCCCCAGUCUAAGCGGCAGCCCUUCUCAAAGCUGCCCUUGGGCCACCGCAGCCACAUGUGUCGAAGUGAGAGCACCCACUCCAUAAAUAGUACUGGCCGGCAGGGACGUGGCACCCAGGGACAGGCCCCAGCUAGGCGGAGCCGGGACUCCAGUUGGGGCGCCCUACGGCCUGCGGCUUCCUUGCCUCACAUCGCUAAGACUCAGAGGAACGCGGGCAAUGGGGCCAGCAAGAGCCCCUGCAUGCUGGUGGCCCUGCGACCAACCAACAUGGACCGCGAGCGGGACAAGUUCUUCCAGUCCCAUUACACCUAUAACCCACAGUUUGAGUAUCAGGAGCCCAUGCCCACGGCUGUGCUGGAGAAAUAUUGUGAGGCCUCUGGACAGUUCAUCCAUCAGGCAGUUGGCAUCAUCGAGGCUGUCCUGGAGAAGUUUGGCACCUAUGAACACUUUGAGGCUGCCACUGGGGGCCAGCUGCUGACCAAGUGCCAGAUUUGGUCCAUUGUGCGCAAAUACAUGCAGAAGGAGGGCUGCGUUGGGGAGGUCGUGGUGCAGCUGAGUGAGGACCUGCUGUCCCAGGCCGUGAUGAUGGUGGAGAACAGUCGACCCACACUGGCCAUCAACCUGACUGGAGCCCGCCAGUAUUGGUUGGAGGGCAUGCUGCGGCAUGAAAUAGGCACCCACUACCUGCGGGGCGUGAACAACGCGCAGCAGCCGUGGCACAGCGCUGAGGGCCGGCUGCGGUACGGGCUGCGGCCGGCCAACCCCACCGAGGAGGGCCUGGCCAGCCUGCACAGCGUGCUGUUCCGCAAGCAGCCGUUCCUGUGGCGCGCGGCGCUGCUCUACUACACCAUCCACCGCGCCGAGCACAUGUCCUUCCGCCAGCUCUUCCAGGACCUGGCGCGCUACGUGCAGGACGCGGACGUGCGCUGGGAGUACUGCGUGCGAGCCAAGCGGGGCCAGACGGACACCUCGAAGCCAGGCUGCUUCAGCAAGGACCAGGUGUACCUGGACGGCAUCGUGCGCAUUCUGCGGCACCGGCGGACCAUCGAUUUCCCGCUGCUGACCUCUCUGGGCAAGGUAUCCUAUGAGGAUGUGGACCAGCUGCGGCCCCAUGGAGUGCUGGAUAACACCCGGGUGCCCCACUUCAUGCAGGACUUGGCACGCUACCGGCAGCAGCUGGAGCACAUCAUGGCCACCAACCGGCUGGACGAGGCAGAGCUGGGCCGCCUGCUGCCUGAUUGAUGCUGGCUGGGGGCCAGCCACAGGUAGCGGCCCUGGACAGAGGACUGCAGAUCAGCUCCCAGAACAUGAAGCACUCUGCUCUGUGCUUUCACGGCCCGGUGUUUCUUAGGGGCACUGGGGGAGGUGGGAGACAUCCGGGGAAAAGCAGCAGCAACAUCAGCGGGUUUGUGUCCACUGUUUGCCUCCCGGGGGCCCAGGGCCCGGCAGCAGCCCCCGCAACCCCUAAGCUGCCCUCUUGCCUCUAGCUCUCUGUCGAGCAGAGGGGGAGCCUGGGGGCGGGAAGAAGCUGAGCCGUGAUGGGAAUGUGGGGUGACCUGGGGGUAGAAACUUGUCCAUGCAUGAGAUAGUUUUAGGCGUCUGGUCCAGUCUCUCCCUUCCCCCACCUGGCCCCUUGGUGCUCCUCCAGCAUCCAUGCUGUCUACCUCUCACUGGGUCCUGGUAGGGGCUGGGAUCCCUUCUCCUGCAGUGACUGUCUGAGCCUGGCUUUCUCACGGGCUCAGAGGGCAGGGGUCCUGGUAGUGGAGAACCACCUGGGCUGGGGUUUGCUUUCCAGCAUUUUGCCUCUCUGCUCAUGUAUUUAUCCCAUAUUUAUGUGUCUACUUCCUGCGUCUGGGAGGCAGCAACUCGACACUGCUGGCAGGCACGGAUUGUUCUAGCUCCACUCUCGUUUCACACACACACACACACACACACACACACACACACACUGAGCUCCUGGCACUGUGAGUCCAGCCCAGGAACUCUGCUAGCCCCACCCCCACCCCCUCCACAGCCUCUGCUGUUGCUGUCUUUGCCCACAUUGUCACAGCUGGCCUGUGGCAGAGGUUGGCAUACCCUGGGAACAGCUGCAGUGGAGCGUGCGGGGCAGGCCCCCAGGGUUUGUUGUCCCAAGUCUUGAGCCUGCCCUGGACCAGGAGAGGUGCAGAGGUGAUUGUCGCUUCCAGUCUCACAGUGGACUCAGCUGUGCGACGCUGACCCAGCCUCACUCCUACUCUUGGCUUUAAUUUUCCCAUCUGUAAAAUUCAGACACACAACUGGAAAGUCCUCAUUCAUUUAGUUAAGCAAUAUGUACGGAGUGCUGUAUACCAGUUACCCGUUAGAACCCUCUCCCAGCUCCCAUUUCAGAGGGAAACCAUUAAAACCAUUAAACAGCAGUUACAAUGUUG